AUGAAUCUUGACAUGACCUUGGCUACCGAAAAUAAAACAGAACAAACCUUUAAUUUCGUGAAGGAAAAGCGUAAUUCGAAGUCAGAUUUGGAGAACGAACCCGUUGUUCAAACGGUAUCAUUAUCCUCCGGAAGGACGUUUGGCCAUUCUCAAAACUCGAUUCCGAAUUGUCAACUUGUCCAAGAAGAUUCUCUGUAUUGCCAUGCUUAUGGUAUAAAUUCCCCCCGUGAUCAUUUAUCAUUUCCCAUGGACGAUGAUAGUCAUACCAGUAGAGACUUGGAUGUUAAGCUCUCCCUGCUAAAUCUCGAGCAGGAUCAUCCAAUAUCCUCUGAUAAUUUAUCACACAUUGAUUCGAAUCCGGAGCUUUCUAGUUCAUCUAGCUUUAGCGACGAUAAUGAGGAGUCCUCUCCCAGUCGAUGUUCUAGCCGGGUUCCUCGCAAUUCCACGGAAUUGUGUAUGAUGAACAAUAAUCGAAUGAAUCCUUACAGUCGUAUUUAUCGUCGUAUAGCACCAUCGGAUCCCAAACAUAUUCCUCCUCAAUUUCACUUUAAAAAGCCUUCCAAAAAAUUCUACAAUAAUAUUUAUUCCAAGAUGAAACUAAAAAUGUCCGUUUUUCCCAAUAUCAAAAGCGAAGUAUUGUCUUCAAAGAAAGAAACCUUACCCCCAAAUUCAAGCGGGCAGGUAAGUUGUUAUAAUCAUUCCUCCGAUUUGCGUCGCCUUUGUCAUUUUCGUACUGUUGGAACAAAAUACAAACUGGUGAAUAGGGUAAAGCCAAAUCACAAAAAAAGCAUCGUCCUCGCAAAGUAUGGAAGAAUUGGAAAGUUUGUUGGAGAAGGAGCCAGCGGUUAUGUGCGUCUGAUACAAGAAUCCGAUGGCUCUUGUAGUCAUGUGGCCAAAGUGUUUCGACCGCCUAUUGACAAAAGGUUUUUACGCCGCUAUGUUCGCUUUUUUAUCGCAGAGUACUCGAUAGCUUCUACCCUUCAUCAUCCCAAUAUAGUAAAGGUUUACGAUAUUAUUUAUGCGAAACAUACUAUUAUCCAAGUUUUAGAAUACACUCCUCUCGAUUUAUUUUCUUUUGUUGUUAAUGGCCAUUGUUUUCCAGAAAAAGCGGAUCAACUAUUUUAUCAGUUACUGCAUGGCAUUGAAUAUAUGCAUUCGGUUGGAUUAGCACACAGAGAUGUGAAGCUGGAUAAUUUGAUGUUGGAUAAAGAACUAAACUUAAAGAUUAUUGAUUUUGGCACUGCUUUUGUUUUCCAUUACCCUUUCGAAUCUACUAUGCUUAAAGCAGAGGGAUUAGUUGGGUCGAAACCAUAUGUUGCUCCAGAGGUUUUAAGUGGUAAACCAUAUGAUCCCCGUGCAAUCGAUGCCUGGUCGUGCGCAGUGGUCUACUGUUGCAUAGCCUUAAAGAAAUUCCCUUGGAGAGCUCCAAAUGAAUCCAAUAAAAGAUUCAAAACAUUCUUGGCCCAAAUGAAAGAUCCAACGCUUGAGAUUGAGCUGAUUAAUUCAUUACCAGAAAAAUCAAGGAUUGCUAUAAAAGGCAUGCUGGAUCCUGAUGCUGAAAAAAGAUGGGAUAUUGGCAAAGUUUUAAGUACUUCUUGGAUGAAAGACGCGGCUCUAAGUCUCAAUCAAUCUAAUUAA